CUUUAAUAUUUCAAGGCAUAAUCAUUCAGUUAUCACAAGUCUCAAAUCCAAGGCCCAACCACUAUAAACCUUCACCAUGGCAACCCAAAAGAGAUUCACGGGCUCUCGCAUAAACGUCAAAUCCAUCGAAACCCCCUCCAGCGCAGAAUGGCGCAUCCGCUUAUCUGGCACAAGUAUGAAAAACCUCAUGCUUGGCCAUUGUCCACAGGAUAUGGACGAUAAAUGGAUGUGUAUGACGACUGGGCCCGCAGAGCAAGGAUUAAUUCGGGUACGCAUGUGCAGGAGCUGGUCAAAUCAGGAAAUCAUUGCCCUUAUAGGACGUGUCGGAAGUGAUGAUGAAGCAAUGAUUGCCGAGGAAGGCGGAGAGAUUUUGGCGAUUAUGUGGCCUACACCCAAAGAGGACGAGUAUGAUCCUUUUGAUGAGCAGAGUGCAAAAGAAUUUGCUAUCGGGUUCUGUCGACAUUUUAUGAAUUGUGAACUGGAGAGCUGAGGAGUAUGUAAGGGCGAACACUGUGGUGUCUGCCAAUGUUGCAGUUCAGGUUAUGACGUGGUUUCCUCGCGUUGGAUUUCUUUGGUCGGUAUGUAAGAUAGCACAUGAAAGAACGCCAAUGCUCUAAUUCAUCGCUUUCUUUUCCCAAGGCCGUC